AGUUCUGGAAAAAAAAAAUAAAAUAAUUCACAGGUUAAUUUUUUUGUGUAGGAGUAAUUCCUGUUGAUAAAUAAAUAAUAAUAUCGAAAGUAAAACAAUAAUUAAAAAUGCAACGCGAAGAAAAACAAUUAGACGCGGCAUUAGAAGCGAUGAUUAUGCGCGUCAAUGAUUUGAAAACGUCAAUAGCUUCAAUGUUAUUUAAAUUAGAACACGAAUAUGAAACAUUAAACUGGCCAAGUUUUCUUGAUAAUUUUGCUUUGAUUGCCGGUCAUCUUACGAGUUUAUCAAAGCUUUUGGCUCAUGAUAAAGCUCCAAAUCUUCGGAGUUUGACUGUCCUCCCACUGCUGCUAAGUCCAGAAAAAGAUGAAGAUUUAAUGAGAAUGACUGAAGGAAGAAUUACAACAUUCGCUCAUGAUUUAGUUCCCGAUUACCUGAGAACGAAACCAGAACCACAAGCUGAACAAAAAAUGAUUCAACUGGAGCACAAAGCUGCUAACUUAACUUAUGAUGCUUCUCAUAAACAAGUUGCUCAGUAUACUAAAGUUAUUACUCACGUUCAUGAUAUUGCUGAGAAAGCACGCGAUGAAUGGGAAAGUGAAGCUAAUUCUCGGACAAAUCAAACUCAAACUAGCAGUACAGCUGAUACUCAUGCUCUCGUUGCUGCUGUUGGAAUGGGAAAAGCUCUAAAGAAUGAAACUGUGCAAAUGGUCCAAUCAGGUGUAAACGCUGGGCCUUCAAAUAUGAUGGUCGGUCGACCUGGUAGUCAACCUGGAGCUGGUGGUCAAGUUGGACAAAUGGGAAAAGCUCCAAGUACAAUCAAAACAAAUAUCAAAGCUGCCUCACAAAUUCAUCCUUACAAUCGAUAAUAUUAAUAGUAAUUAAAUAUACGUUAUUAAUUUAAAUAUAUAUAUUAGACUGUGCCAAAAAAAAACCGACAUUUUUUUUCAUAAAUGGUCUUACGAUUUUGGUGGAUACCAAAGGUCCUGUUGAAAUUUGAGUCCUUAAUAUUGAUGAGGUCGCUAAUUUUUUAUAUGAUACUGAAGUUAGCCGACUUCAAUAAUUUUUGAAUUAUUUCGGAAACGAUAAAUUACAAAAAAAAAAAAUUUUUCUAAAAAUUGCACUUGUAGUUUUUUAAAUUUUCUACAUGUGCAUAUUUCUUAUUUUUUUUAGUUUCUGUAAUUUAUUCGUUAAAAAAAAUCCAAAAAAUUUCAAUUGUCUUCUAACUUCAGGAUCAUUGUUUUAUUUCCCAUUUAAAUGGCAUGAGAAUUUUUUUUUUUUAAUUUAGAAUUUUACUACUCGUCAGCGAAUCAACGUAGCGAAGGUUGACUCAUUCUGUUGGAAAUUGAACACUCUAUAAAAAAGAUCUCUUAUUAUUUUUUGAUAAAUUUACUUUUUCCAAAGUUAUUCAGAGUCAAAGUUGAAUGCAUAGUAAAUUUAAAAGUAAUUAUAAUUAGAAUCGGUGGAAAUACGAUUUCUUGUAACAAACAGACAUUUAAAUUAAGGAAAUAAAAUAGUAUAAAUUGUUAUAUAAAUAAA